AUGCGGCGGGGUGGAGUUGGGAUCUGGACAAGGGGCGGAAGCGAGAAGGGGAGGAGCGUGCACUCCUCCCAGCCUUGGUACGCGCCGCGCCCCCUACCCGCCCGGUACCUGGGAGGGGACGCGCGGGACCGUAGCGCCUAGACGGCGGUGAUGGCGCUGAAGGCCCGCGGCCUCUCCCGGAGGCUGGGCUCCCAGCCGGCCGCCUUGGGCCGGGGGGCACUGGUCUGCCUGUUUCUCGGCACCUGGUGUACAGCUCCUGCCAGCGCCAUCCAGGUGACCGUGUCAGACCCCUUCCACGUAGUGAUCCUCUUCCAGCCUGUGACCCUGCCCUGCACCUACCAGGUGGCCUCGACUGUCUCAGCGCCCAUUGUGAUCUGGAAGUACAAGUCUUUCUGCCGGGACCGCAUCGCUGACGCUUUCUCCCCGGCCAGCGUCGACAACCAGCUCAACGCGCAGGUGGCAAGUGUUAACUCGGGCUACAACCCCUACGUGACGUGUGAUGACAGCGUGCGCACCGUCCGGGUUGUGGCUACCAAGCAGGGCAACGCCGUGACCCUGGGUGACUACUACCAGGGCCGGAGGAUCACCAUUACAGGAAAUGCUGACCUGACAUUUGACCAGACGGCCUGGGGAGACAGUGGUGUGUAUUACUGCUCUGUGGUUUCGGCCCAGGACCUCGGCGGGAACAAUGAGGCCUACGCAGAACUCAUCGUCCUGGGCAGGACCUCAGGGGUGGCUGAGCUCUUACCUGAUUUUCAGGCGGGGCCCUUGGAAGACUGGCUGUUCGUGGUUGUGGUCUGCCUGGCCUUCCUGCUCCUCUUCCUCCUCCUGGGCAUCUGCUGGUGUCAGUGCUGCCCCCAUACCUGCUGCUGCUACGUCAGGUGCCCCUGCUGCCCGGACAAGUGCUGCUGCCCAAAAGCCCUGUAUGAUGCCGGCAAAGCGGCCACCUCAGGAGCCCCAAGCAUCUACAGCCCUGACACCUAUGCCUACUUCUCCCCUGGCAAGACCUCGCCACCACCCGCCAUGAUUCCCAUGGCCCCUGUCUAUAACGGUUACCCUGGAGAUUUUGACAGGAGUAGCUCAGUCGGUGGCCACAGCUCCCAGGUGCCCCUGCUUCGUGACACGGACAGCAGUGUGAACUCUGAGGUCCGGAGUGGCUACCGGAUUCAGGCCAAUCAGCAAGAUGACUCCAUGCGGGUCCUGUACUACAUGGAGAAAGAGCUGGCCAACUUUGAUCCUUCACGACACGGUCCCCCCAAUGGCCGUGUGGAGCGGGCCUUGAGUGAAAUCACCUCCCUCCACGAGGACGACUCACGAUCCCAGCCUCUCAGGGGCCCUGCUUUAACCCCGAUCCGGGAAAAGGAAUGGGGCCGACGCUCCCCUCGGAGUCCCAGGAGGUGGGAGCAGGAGCCCCCAGCAGAACAGCCAGGGGGCGGCUGGGAGGUUCGGCGGCCCCGGGCCCACUCUGUGGAUGCUCUGGAUGAUCUCAUCCGGCCGGGCUCCGUUGAAUCAGGGAGGUCUCCCCCAAGUAGCGGGAGGAGAGGCCGGGCCUAUGCAGCCCCGAGAAGCCGCAGCCGUGAUGACCUCUAUUAUCAAGAUGACCCGAGGGACUUCCCACACUCCUGGGACCCCCACUAUGAUGAGUUCAGGUCUGGGGGCCGCCCACAUGCUGAUUCCAGAGCCCACUACUCCCGCUCCCGGGACCCUGAGGAGGACGGCUCCAGGUCUGGGAACCCUCACUAUGAUAGGCGGCUGCUGGAGGAGGCCUUGAGGAGGAAGGGGGCUGGGGAGAGGAGGAGAACCUACAGGGAGGAAGAGGAGGAGGAGGAGGCCUACAACCGGUCAGAGCCUCCGCCUUACACGGAGACUGACUCCCAGGCAUCACGAGAGCGGAGGCUUAAAAAGAACUUGGACCUGAGUCGGGAAAGUUUAGUCGUCUGAGCUCAUGUUUUAUAGGUAGCUUUUUGUACAUUUCCUUUUUUUUAAUUCGCGGAGGGACUAUUAAUGAUGGCCUGCCCCUCCUAAAUCUAAUAAAAUGUGUACUCAGAAAGCCUACGUCUUGAAGAGUUUGUUUUGCUGCGCGAGGUGCGGGUGGAGGAGGAGCCGGGGCAGCUGCCGUUUCUGGGCGUGUGUGUUUGUAAAACGCAGCUGAGUGUCUCCAGUCUCCUCCCUCACCCCCCCCUCCUGAACUUUAAGUCCCGGGUGAGAAGGACCCUGUUCGCCCUCUCCUUAGGCUCCAA